AUGUUCGCCAAAUCAGUCCUAUCAGUGGCCACCCAAGGGCUCCGCCCUCGCCGAAACCCACUCCUCUCUCCGCGCUUCGCCACGCUCCAAAAGUCCUUCCUAUCGACCGAAACUCGCAAGGCGAUUGAUGCGGCUGUAGCUUCAGCCCCCGUGGUUCUCUUCAUGAAAGGCACGCCCGAGACGCCACAGUGUGGAUUUUCGCGCGCUUCGAUUCAGAUUUUGGGGUUGCAGGGAGUGGAUCCGGCGAAGUUUACGGCGUUUAAUGUUUUGGAGGAUGAGGAGUUGAGGGCUGGAAUCAAGGAGUAUAGCGAAUGGCCAACGAUUCCGCAGUUGUAUGUUGAGAAGGAGUUUGUGGGAGGUACGGAUAUCUUGAUGAGCAUGCAUCAAGAUGGGAGUUUGGGCAAGAUGUUGGAGGAGAAGGGCGUUUUGGUUGAGGGGGAGUCUGGAUCGGAAAGCUCGUGA